UCGACAAGUACUGAACCAUGCCUGUGUGCGUGCGCGUGCGCGCGUGCCGAGAGGAGGCAGGCAAGUGGAAUUUUUUUUUUAUGAACGCCGGCGAAAGAAAACCCGGCGGAGAGUCCGUGAGUGGGAGGAGCUCAGGCGCCACUAUGAGAUGACUGACAGAGAGAGAGAGAGAGGGACGGCAGCUCCGGGAGAUACUCUUCUACUUUAACGGCCGUCGCUUAGCUCCCUCGAGAAAUAGUCCGGAGUAAACGGUGUAUUUGGAGAGCCACCGCAGGGGCUCGGCUGUACGCGGAGCCGUUACCGCUGGUGAGGAGCGCCUGGUCCGCUCGCUCGUUCUUCAAUGGCAAGCUAACGCUAGCACAACAAAGCUAGUUCGUCCACCGCCCGGCUGCCGAGUGCGGGGUGAAAGCCAAGGCUUAGGUAGGAAUGGCAAGAGUUCCCUCGGUUUGCUCUUUCAGAAGAUAAGGAGAGGAAGAAUCGUCUCCCCCCCCCCCCCCCGUCUCUAGCUGAUAUCGUACCGGUUGUUGGUGCCGUCUUAAUCUCCGCCAUGGUGCAGAAGUACCAGUCACCCGUGAGGGUGUACAAGCAUCCGUUUGAGCUGGUGAUGGCCGCCUACGAGCGGCGGUUCCCCACCUGCCACCUCAUCCCCAUGUUUGUGGCCAGUGACGUGGUCAAUGAGGACUCCAGUGAAGAUGGAUCCACCCAUAAGGUCGAGCGCCGCUGUGCCCUUGAUGUUGAUGCCCCACGUCUUCUCAAAAGGAUUGCAGGGGUGGACUAUGUCUACUUCAUUCAAAGGAAUACACUGAAUCGGAAGGAGAGGACGCUUCACAUUGAGUCUCACAACGAGACCUUCUCCAACAGAGUCAUUAUCCAUGAAACCUGCUGCUAUUCGGUCCACCCAGAGAAUGAAGACUGGACAUGUUUUGAGCAGACAGCAAGCUUGGAUAUCAAGUCUUUCUUUGGCUUUGAGAGCACGGUGGAGAAGAUUGCUAUGAAGCAGUAUGCUAGCAGUAUCAAAAAGGGCAAGGAGAUCAUUGAGUUUUACCUAAAGGAGUUAGAAGAUGAGGGGAUCACCCAUGUACCCCGCUGGACACCCUCCUCUCUGCCUCUGCCUCGCCCUAGACCUACCAGCCUCUCCACUAGCCCACCUGCCCUCCCCAAGCUCCUGGCCACUCCUGCUGUCACCAUCCCCACGCCUGCUGAUGCUAAAAACGGUGCCGCUCAGGAUGCCAGCAAGGAUGGCAGUACAGUUCCACCGGACAGCCUGACGGAAAACCAGGCCGGUACACCUGACGACAAGCUGGACGCCGACUACAUCAAACGCUACCUGGGUGACCUGACCCCCCUGCAGGAAAGCUGUCUGAUCAGACUACGCAAGUGGCUGCAGGAGACACACAAGGGCAAGAUCCCCAAGGAUGAGCACAUCCUGAGAUUCCUGAGGGCCAGGGACUUCAACAUGGACAAGGCCAGGGAGAUCCUGUGCCAGUCUCUAACCUGGAGGAAACAGCACCAAGUGGACUACCUGCUGGAAACCUGGAGCUCACCGCAGGUCCUCCACGACUAUUACACUGGGGGCUGGCACCACCAUGACAGAGAUGGGCGCCCCCUGUACAUCCUGAGACUGGGCCAGAUGGACACCAAAGGGCUCGUCCGAGCUCUCGGAGAAGAGUCUCUGCUCAGACAUGUGCUGUCAAUCAAUGAGGAGGGUCUCAGACGCUGUGAGGAAAAUACUAAGGUGUUUGGACGACCUAUCAGCUGUUGGACUUGCUUGGUGGAUCUGGAGGGUCUAAACAUGAGACACCUGUGGCGGCCGGGGGUCAAAGCCCUUCUGCGGAUUAUCGAGGUGGUGGAGGCCAACUACCCAGAGACCUUGGGGCGAUUGCUAAUCCUGAGGGCUCCCAGAGUCUUCCCGGUCCUCUGGACUCUGGUCAGUCCAUUCAUUGAUGAAAACACACGGAAGAAGUUUCUCAUCUACGCAGGGAACGACUACCAGGGCCCUGGGGGACUGCUAGACUACAUUGACAAAGAGAUCAUCCCUGACUUCCUGGGCGGAGACUGUAUGUGUGAGGUCCCAGAGGGCGGCUUAGUCCCCAAGUCUAUGUACCGGACACCUGAGGAGCUGGAGAAUGAGGACGUCCGCCUAUGGACAGAGACCAUCUACCAGAGUGCCAGCAUCUUCAAGGGAGCGCCGCAUGAGCUGCUGAUUGAGAUCAUUGAUGCCUCCUCUGUGAUCACCUGGGACUUUGACGUGUGCAAAGGCGAUGUAGUUUUCAACAUCUACCACUCCAAGAGGGCCCCCCAACCCCCUCGCAAGGAGCCCCUCGGGGCCCAUGGCAUGACCUCACCGGGGGGCAACAAUGUCCAGCUCAUCGAGAAGUCUUGGACCCUCGGCCAAGACUACAGCAUGGUGGAGUCCCCACUUACCUGCAAGGAGGGAGAGAGUGUGCAGGGCUCCCAUAUCACACGGUGGCCGGGUUUCUACAUCCUCCAGUGGAAGUUCCACAACAUGCCUGCCUGCUCUGCCACCAACUUGCCCCGCGUCGACGAUGUCUUGGCCACCCUGCAGGUCUCCUCGCAUAAAUGUAAAGUCAUGUACUACACUGAGGUGUUGGGCUCUGAGGACUUCAGGGGCUCGAUGACAAGCCUGGAGUCCAGCCACAGCGGGUUCUCUCAGCUCAGUGCUGCUACAACCUCGUCCAGCCAAUCACAGUCCAGCUCCAUGAUCUCCAGGUAGAAGCUGGUGGCGCUGUGGACGCCACGACCCACAAUCCUGGAUUUCCCCCCAAAGUCAACCCAAGCCAACUCCCCUUUGCCCCCUUCCUCUUAGGACUCUGUACUACUAAACAGUCGGUUUUGUUUCGGAACUGAGACGCUUGCACAAACAGAGGUUGUAAAGGAAAUAUAAAGACUGCUUGUACAAUUUAAAGGGCUGUUUUUUUGCACAAAGGUCAUGUAUUUUUCUUGCCUAGUAUGUCGACUGGGCUGCAGGAUGAAUCAGAACAUUAUCACAACCUUGUGUUUUGUAUUCUUUAGUGAGGUAGAAGCCUUACAGGUUUGGCGAUGGAUUAGUAAUGUUAGAGACCUGGAAUCUUGACAGAGCAAUAUUCUCAUUUUGGCAGCUCUGGAGGCGCUGUUACAUAUAUGCAUAUACAUUAGGACAUGCACAUACAAAGGUCACUCGCACAUUACUUGUUGUACAUGGACUACAUAGAAACAACAACAAACACAAUGACACGCAAAAAUCUACAGUGUUUGCCAUAUUGCCAGAUUUGUUUAUUCAGUCUGGUGACUUGUUUAUAGUAGGUCAAAUGUAGGUGGUUGGGGUAAACUCUUACUAGACUUGGGCCGGUUAUCAUUUCCAAGUAACUACUGUUUGUUUUAGCUGGUAAGAAGAGCCAAAUGGGUGGUGUUUACUGGACAUGACAGUUGAAUUUGGACGGUGAUGGGAAGGUUGCCAGUCACAGAAAAAGAUGCAUCUUAAAAAAAUGAAUAAAUAAAAUAAAAUAUAAUAAAUAAAUAAAUUUUUACAAUAGAAAAGAUGCAAAAGAUAUGUUCAGAUACUUUUUCGUAUUUGUUAUUGUCUAAACCUUCUGCCAACUUCUGUGUAGUUCUGUGGCAAUUCCCACCUAUUUGGCUCAUUAGGGUUAUAACGAAUGAGAAACAUUUGCAAAUGCUAUCUUGACCAAGUCUAACUCUUAGCGAGGUCACCUCCUAGAAGCAAUAACAGUUUGAAUUUAUACUGUUUGAAAUAUUUCUAUUUAUCAUGUAUGUGGUUUGAAGAAACUCGUAUGCAGAUGACACUGCUCUUGCAAGACACAGAUAGGCAGACAGAGGUAAAGUUUAAAAAGAUAUGUUCUGUUUUUUUAAUCAAAAUCACAAUCAAUUUGUAAGAGGAGAAAACACUUCUCUGUAUUUACCCUGACAGAUUUUUAAUCGACUCAUCAAUUAACUUGUAUCGUAAUAUUAACGACCACAACCAGUUUGCUUUCUGUCUGUUUGUCUGCAGCGUUGGGGAGCGCCUGUAAAUAAGUCGGGCUGUCAAGGAAAUGCCUUGAUUGAUUUGUGAAUGUGCUACUGAUUGGCUGGCUCUCGCUAACCAAUGAAACGCUUGAAUUUGGAAGGUCACCAGUUGAUGCGUCGAAACUGCCACUGUUAGAUUUUUCUCUCUCUCGGUGAUGUAGAUUCAGCGCAGAUGAAUGAACGGGACUGUGAUGAAGCUUAUCAUUUGUCACUGCUCUAUUAGAAACAUGUUUAAUAUUGAAUGGGGUUUUAUUUUGUUUGGAGUUGAGUACUCACUGGGAUAGUGCGGUGUGCUGUGUUACUGCGUGUUCACAUGGCGGUGAGGUUUACAGUGUAUUACUUGGAGUUGUGAAAAACUUCUAGCCAUCAGAGCCAUGUGUCAAGAACCAUUUUAGCCUUUUGUAAUCAACAGAGAUGUACCUGCUUUUUUUCUGAGGGUCACUACUGGUAGAUCGUCAGCUUUGGAGUGAAUGGCGUCGAUAUUUCUUAAUGCAAUGCAGUGUACCCACGAGCAUACGCUUUAUCGUACAAAAACCAUGUGCUAGUUGCCACACUGACCAGCCCUUCUGAAGGGUAGAUAGUAGUCCACCCUCAUUCACAGCUGACUUGUUGUCAUGAGGUUGUUUAGCAAUGUCCUGUAUUUUACAGACUAACUUUUGUCAGAGAGGCGAAGAACAUCUUGGACAACCUUAGCUGUUGACUUGCAGCUAGCUAAGGGAACUCAGAAUAAAUGCCUUUUGGUGGUUUGUAAAUGUGAGGAGCAGUGGAGUUGAGCAGUGUGUCAUAUAACAGGCACAAAAGUGAUAUGGGGUUGAACCAUUCUUUAGUUGACUGGUUAGCGCAGUCGCCCGUGGCGCAAGAGACCCGGGUUCGCUUCCCGGCUCCCCCGUGAUUUCGCUACAUUGGUGUCAAAAGUGGGAUGGUGAGACUGUGAGGCCAUUGGAAGCACGUGCACCCAGAGACACAUGGCGAUGUUCCCAGGCCCCAGCAUUUUGUUGUGACAAACGGUGAAGCUUGGGGCAGCUCGUUGGGCACUUCCUCACUUGGCUAGCACAAAAAAGUAGCCUCGAGCACGUUUCUGCACAUGGCAAUAAGGAAACGGACACGGUGGAUCGCUCUCACAUGGAAUCAAAGUCACUGGCCCCCAUGUCUGUUUUUACCUGCUGUGUCAAACUCUUUUUAAACAUUGUUAAUGAACUGUCACUCAAUUGAUUAUUCAUAAGGUUAAUUGCAAUAACAGAUUGUUUUACUGAAAAGAGGACCUCUUCAGGAUGAGGGCCGCUUAAGGGUGGUUUGUGUGAAAGAAUGAGUGUUUAUUAAACAUGGAAUUAAUAUAUGCCUGUAAAUGUGUGUACCGGUCCCCUGAACCCCCACUGCAGCUGGGUUCCUCCCCUCUCACUUCCUGAAGCAUGUCUGCAGGUCCAGCAGUCUCCCGUCAUCUCACAUAGGACUUCCCCGGCACAUUGUUUCUGCCCGGGGUUCAUCUGAUCGACCAGCAGUCGGCGUCAGUUCCACACACGAACCACCUCUCCUCUUCGUCUCGGUCCAUCUCCCUCGCUCACUCUGGUUUUGUCCCCCUCUCUCUCUCGGACGUUUUUCAUUACGUUUGUCCUCCUUCACGCGGAGUGGAUGUGAGCUUUGUAAAUCCGCCUCACGGGGUUGAGGAUUUGAAGCCAUGGACUAACAGUGUACGCUGAGCAGAUGCGGCAUCUUUAUCAGGUUCAUCUGAAUUCAGUGUCACUAUGAGAUGAGAGAACCGGCAGUCUACCGUCACCUUCCCCCCUGACUUUUAACUCGUUCAGUGGGAACACGCUCAUCCAGGUCUCAUCGACAAAUGAGGGCUAAAACCAUUUUGCAUUCGUCUUCCUGCUUCUCCCUUCUGGUAUCGUUGCAUAUCUUCAUCCUCUUCCCUUCAGAUGACAAUUACGUAAAAAAAGAAAAAAAUGUCUGUUUGGAUUGAUAGAAAAUAACGCCUUUACAUUUUUUGAAAUCAUUAAACUUGACUUACGAAUUAA